AUGGUUAGGUUUUUGGUUCUUAAGACCUUUGAAUCAUGGUUGUAUGUCUGUGUUUUGGUGCUCAGAGUUUUAAUCGAUGAAGGUUUAAGGGGGAUCUGGAUAUUUGUCUGCUUAAGCCUUGAUUCUAAGGCAAGGCUUUGGUGGAAUCUCUUAACUUUGAUUGUGUUGCAGAAAAAAGCUUUGGUGGAAGCUUGGUUAUUUGAGAGUUGCAGUGGACUUAUUUUUGAUGUUUGGUUCUGUUUAUCUUGCAUGAUUUUCUAUAAAAAGAAAGCCAUUGGUGGAAGCUUUGUCUGGCUUGAUUAUAAGAUGGACCCUGAAAUGAUUGAUGUAGAUGUACCAGCAGUAGAAGUAGCAGUUGAUGGCCAAUUCCCAGUUGGUUCAAAUGCUGCUGCUUCACCUGGAAAUGUGGAAGCAAUUGUUGACCCUAAUACUGAUCCUAUACCUACUGUGGAGGCAAAUCCUAAAAAAAGGAAAGAGAGUCAACAAAGAUCAGUUGUUUGGGAGCACUUUGACACAAUCAAAGAUGGAAAAGGUAUCAUUAUGCAAGCGAAGUGUCGUUAUUGUGCUCGCAUAUACAACUGUCAUGCUAAAAAAAUGCACCCACAUAGUGUAGAAACUAGGCAAGCAUUACUCUCUUUUCAACCUGUUGUUAAUAUGGAAGCUGCACCUGGUGCUAAUCUGUUUUCUGUUGCUAAUUGGAAAUUUGAUCAAGAAGUUGUUAGGCAAGUUGUUGCAUACAUGAUUAUAGUUGAUGAGUUGCCUUUUAAAUUUGUUGAGAAACAAGGGUUUAGAAGAUUGAUGAGUCUUGCUUGUCCUAUGUUUAAAAUUCCUUCUAGGUGGACUGUGAAUAGAGAUUGUUAUGCCAUGUUUGUUGAGGAAAAGUUGAAACUGAAACAAUUUUUUAAAACUCACAGUCAAAGAGUUAGUCUAACAAGUGACUCAUGGACAUCUAAUCAAAGAUUGAACUAUAUGUGCAUUACUGCUCAUUUUAUAGAUAAUGAUUGGAAGUUGCAUAAGAAAAUUAUCUCUUUUGUUACAUGCUCGAGGCAUAAGGGUGAAUAUUUGUCUAAGGCUAUGGAGUCUUGUUUGCUAGAUUGGGGGCUAAAAAAUAUAUUUUCUGUUACCUUAGACAAUGCUGAGAACAAUAGUACUGCCAUGGGGUUUUUUAUGAGAAAAAUGUUGACUUGGGGUAGUACAACUGUUAGGUGUAAGUAUGCUCACAUGAGAUGCAUUGCACACAUUUUGAAUCUUGUUGUGUCUGAUGGUUUGAAAGAGUCUGGUGAAUCUUUUCAGAAGGUAAGGGGAGCUGUUAGAUAUAUAAAAAACUCACCUCUCAGACUUAGCAAAUUUAAUGAAUGCAAAAAAUCACUUGAUUUUCAUUGUAAGCGUUCCUUGUGUCUAGAUGUUCCCACUAGAUGGAAUUCAACAUAUUUGAUGUUAGAGACUGCUUGUAUGUACCAGCAUGUUUUUGAGGAAUAUGAAGAUGUGGAAGCUUCUUUUAAAAUUGAUUUGGGUGAUGAGGUGCCUAGUAAACUUGAUUGGGAUAAAGUUAGGCAAUUAUGUGUGUUGUUGCAAUGUUUUUACAAAAUGACAUUGGCCAUUUCUGGUUCUCUUUAUGUGACCUCUAACAACCACUUGAAUCAAAUUUCUGAUUUGUCAACCAUUUUGCAAGAUUGGAUUAAGUCUGAUGAUUACUGUCUAAGUUCAAUGGCCAUUAAAAUGAAAGACAAAUUUGAUAAGUACUGGGACCCUCGUGAUAGAGUUGUUUUCAUGGAAUAUACUUUGAGUAAUAUGUAUGGUAGUCAUGUGGGCAAGUUUUUGUUUACUUGUGUCAUGGAGGAUCUGGUUGAACUCUUUAAUGACUAUGAAGUCCUCUACAAGAAAGAAUUAGCUAAUACUGGUGGGAAUAGCCCAUCACCAGAACUUGUUGGCCAAUCCUCCCAAGCUAAUUCUGUGUUGAAAGAAAGAUAUCUGCAGCAAAUGUUAGAGACUGGUGGUGUAAGUGGAAGUAAAAAAACUGAAUUAGACAUUUAUCUAAGUGAGGCAGUUGUUGCAAAUGAUCCUCACUUUGAUAUUUUGCGAUGGUGGAAGUUGAAUUCUGAGAGGUUUCCAGUCCUCUCUAGAAUGGCCCGUGAUAUUCUUGCUGUACCAGUCUCUACAGUUGCUUCAGAAUCAGCAUUCAGCACUGGAGGAAGAGUGCUUGAUGACUUCAGGAGUUGCUUGACUCCUAAAAUAGUGGAGGCAUUGGUCUGUACUCAGGACUGGCUUAGAGAUCCAUCAAAGCCAGUCUCUAUUGAGGAGACACUUGAAGAGUUGGAGAAACAUGAAGAAGGUCUUCAGGAUCCAGCUAAUGCUCUUAAUGAACAAUAG